AUGACCACGCGUAAGUUUAAAGCGGCAGCGUUUUAUAAAAUAUUAAUUAAUGAUGGCACAAGGGUGCACUGGAGAAGACUGAUCGGGUACAACAAAGAACGCCCGCGAGCAAUCCAAUGCUUAUGGCAAGCUUGUCAUGGGAAGCUUGCAACCAAAGAAAGAUUGAAACGUUUUGGGGUAAUUGAAGAUAACAUUUGCAGUUUAUGCAAAUCGGAGGAGGAAACGAUAAGCCACCUGUUCUUCUCCUGUCCAAGAACAAGACACAUUUGGGUGGAAAUACUCAAAUGGUUCAACAUACAGCAUGAGCCCCAACAAUGGGAUACAGAACUGAUAUGGAUCACUAAUCAAACAAAGGGGAAAGGUUGGAAAGCUGAUGUUUUGAAGAUGGUAACAGCCGAAACAGUCUACAACAUUUGGAUUUACAGAAAUAGUAUUACUUUUGGAAACAUAGUAGAAAAUACAAACAUGGUUGAAAAAAUCAUAGAUAAUGUGAUUUAUAGAGGCUGGAAAAACAAUAGAAUUAGGAAAUAUUUGGCUAGUCUUAUGAUGUAA